CUAUGUAACUACUUGUUAAAUUAUAUAAAUAUAUAAGUUGACAUAUAGGUUUUUGUAUAAAUAUACUUGUGCAGAUUCAUGUUUGUAUACAUAUCUAUAUCUAGAUAUAUAUGCAGAUAUAUAUAUAUAUAUAUAUAUAUAUAUAUGAGUGUAUCUAUGCUUCUGUUGUUUGUCUACAAUGGGAAAAUAUUGAGACAGAGCACAGUCAUGAUAUUCAUUGAUUAGAUUAUUACAAUUGUGAAUAAAUAGAACCAAAUUGUAUGGUUUUAUCAUUCAGACAAAUAAAUAUAUAUUGAAUAAAAAAAAACUAAACAAUUAUAACAUUGAAUAGCAUUAAUCAUAAAUAGAAUGAAUACAAUAUUUGAUUAAGAUAAUGUUUUGAUCUAUGACAACUUCUAAAUGUAUAUUUUAUCAUUAGGCAACUACUUCAAUUGUUAUUAUUAUUAUUAACUAAUUAAUUAAUUGAUUAAUUAAUUAAUUAAUUAAAAAUAGCAUAACUACUGUAUUUUUUUUCCUACAAAAGAAGAUACAAUCAUCAAAUCUAUUUUUAUAUUGAUUAAUAUGUCUCAUUAUGCUUAUCAAAUAAACAAACAAUCAGUUUAAAUGAAACAUCCUUAUUCAUUGAAAAAAAUGAAUAAUAAUUAUUACUAUUAUUAUUAUUAUUGUUACUGGAAUUAUUGAAUAAAUUUUAAAAAAGAAAACAUUAUUAGUGAAGUCAAAUUGCGUUAAUAAAACAAGGUGAGAACAAAAAGUAAACAAAAAACAAACAAACAAACAAACAAUCAUUCUCUUGAAUAAGUCAAGAAAGAAAACGAAACUUCAUUUCUCUUGGAGGUGAAAACUUUGGAAAUAUAUACAUAUAUAAAUUAAUAGUUAUAAAUAUAAGGAUUCAUAGUUGUUUACAUUAUCUUAUUGAUGUCAAACAAUAAUAAUAAUAAUAAUAAAACAAGACGUGAUCCUAUGAAAAUGACAAAUAUAAAUAAAUCUAAUAAUCAAGAUGGUGAUGCAUUAGAUACUGUUAUUAUACCAUUAAAUUCUUCAUCAACAUCAACAAAAGUUCAUCAAACUAAAAAUGGAAUUUCUAAAUUAUUAUUUAUUCUAUUAAUUUUAUUACUUAUUUUAAUAUUAUUAUUUUUAAUUAUUGCAUCAAUUAUUGCAAUCUAUUAUUCAAAUGCAUAUUAUAAAUGUCAAACAAUUAAAGAUGCUGAGAUCAAUCAUUUAAAAUGUAAUGAGCUUGAUGAAAUUUGUACUUCAGAAAAUGUAACAGAUGAUCUACUACAACGAGCACUUGAAUCAUUGUCAAAUCGAUCAAUGAAAGAUGUACGAUUACCAUAUACAGUAAUUCCAAGUUUCUAUGAUUUAAAACUUCAAGUACAUUUACAUCAAGGCAAACCAGAAACAUUCUUUUUUAAUGGAUCUGUUACUAUCAAGAUUUAUUGUUCAAUAUCUACUAAACAAUUCUUUGUACAUGCUCAUAGUCGUUUAAAUAUUAGUUUAGAUAAAAUCAGUAUAUCUAUUCUAAGUGAUGAUGGUAAUACACAUGGUAACAUUGAUCUUAAAAAUAUUUCUUAUGAAGAAGACUUAGAAUGGUAUAGAAUAGAACUGGUACAUUCACUUCAACCUUUUACUUAUUAUGAAUUAACGUUUGGACAAUUUCGUUCAGCUUUAAACGAUGAAUUGAAAGGUUGGUAUUUGAGCAAGUAUAUAGAAAAUGGAACAUAUAAAUAUCUCGCAACUAGUCAACUUCAACCAACUGAUGCUAGACGUGUAUUUCCUUGUUGGGAUGAGCCUGGAUUUAAAGCACAAUUUCAGGUUAGCCUGAUACGUCAAAAAGAUUAUCAUUCACUAUCAAAUAUGGCUUUAGAAAGUACUGAAGAACUUCAUGAUAAUUGGUAUCUUGAUAAAUAUGAACCAAGUGUUAAUAUGUCAACAUAUUUAUUAGCAUUUGUAGUUUCACAAUUCGCAUCAAUUCGUGGUAUUGAUUCUAAAGGAAGAAAUUUUACUGUAUGGACAAGAUCAGAUAAAAUUAAUUCAGCCAAAUAUGCUCUUGAAACAGGGAAGAAAAUUAUUGGAUUUUUUGAAGAAUAUUUUGAACUUCCUUAUCCACUUAGAAAAACAGAUAUGGUAGCGGUGCCUGAUUUUGCUGCUGGAGCAAUGGAGAAUUGGGGUCUUAUGAUAUAUAGAGAAGCAACAAUGUUAUGGGAUCCUGAAUUUGGAACAGCAGCUACUCAACAAAAAGUGGCGACGGUUAUUUCACAUGAAGUCGCUCAUCAGUGGUUUGGAAAUUUAGUUACUUUGAAUUGGUGGGAUGAUCUAUGGUUAAAUGAAGGUUUCGCAAGUUUCGCUGAAUAUAUUGGAGUGGAUCAUGUUCAUCCAGAGUGGGGAAUGGAUGAACAAUUUCUUCUGGAUGAUAUACAGAAAGUAUUGAUUAGUGAUUCGUUAGCGACAUCUCGGCCAGUUAUACAACCUGUUUACUAUCCAAAUGAAAUUAAUGAAAUUUUCGAUCCAAUUUCUUAUAAUAAGGGUGCAUCCGUUUUAAGAAUGAUGGAGUCAUUUAUGGGUAGAAACACAUUUCGUGCAGGUGUAAAAAAUUAUCUAUAUCAAAACAAAUAUAAGAAUACUGUUCAUGAAGAUUUGUGGAGGGCGCUCACAGAGGCAGCAAAACGUGCAGGUAAAGAUGUGAAUGUUAAAGCCGUAAUGGAUACGUGGAUGAAACAGAUGAAUUACCCAUUAGUAAUCAUUCAAAGAAAUGCUGAUGGCCAAUUUCAAUUUGUACAAAAACAUUACUUAGAGCCACAGGAUGCUAAAUCGCCAAAAAAUCCUUCACCAUACAACUUUACUUGGAAAAUACCAUUGACUUAUGGAUCAGCAAAGACUAUUAACUGGGAUGAAACAGAUGUCAUUUGGAUGAUGAACAAGACAAUGACUCAAACAUUAGAUGUUGCAGAAAAUUCUUGGUAUUUAUUCAACAUUAAACAAGCUGGAUUUUAUCGUGUUCACUAUGCCGACAAUAACUGGGAACUAUUGACAGAACAGUUGUAUAAAGAUCACCGUGCUAUUCCACUUCAUUCACGAACACAAAUUUUGGAUGACUUAUUCAACUUAGCAAAUCGUGCUACUGUUUCAUACGACGUCUACUUAAAUCUGACAAAAUAUUUGAAAAAAGAAGAUCAGUAUGUUGUAUGGGAAACGACUCGACGAGCACUAUCUUAUUUAGACCGUAUGCUUGCCAUGGACGAGAGUUAUGGAGCUUUUCAAGCAUAUUUGCGUACGCUUGUAGAUGAUCCUCUUAAAUCAGUCGACUGGACAACAAUGAAAGAAGAUAAACAUCAUAUGAAGCAUAUGUUGCGCCUGACAUUAACUCGUCUAGCAUGUCAAGCUGAACAUCAUUCAUGCGUUAAAAUGGCUACAGAAUAUUACAGAAAUUGGAUGCUUAAUCCUUCACAAAAUUUGAUCCCACCAAGUUUGAGGCCAGCUGUUUAUUGCACAGCAAUUAGAAUCGGUGGACAAAAAGAAUGGGAGUUCCUAAAACAACGUUUAUUAGAAGUGGAUAUCAAAGAGGAUGAGAAAAAUAGUAUUUUACAAGCAUUGUCUUGUUCUCGUGAUAUGUGGAUAGUAAGACUACAUUUGGAAUGGGUCAUAAAAAAUAAUCAAAAGGAUCCUCAGGAUUUAUUGGAUGCACUUUCAUCUGUGGCAAUGUAUCCUAUCGGCCAGACACUUCUAUGGGAACAUAUUCGUGAAGCGUGGAGAUUUAUAAUGAAUGAAGGGAAAAACGCAACUCGCCCAACUGUUAAAGCCGCUUCAUCUGAUGAUCUCAAUGACAUUUGCAAGUAUCACCAAACCGCAAACUCUGGGCGUAAUAAUGAGUGUGUACUAACUGUAAUCCUUAAAAUACUAUCCAAACGUCAUUAUACACUAAAUAACAUACCGGAUCAAGAAGAAGUACUUGCCAUGCAAAAUUCUGGACAAAAACUACUUGAAAAUCAUGUUCUAAAACGUGGAUUAAAUGAUUUGUUUAAAAGGUCGAAGGAAAACAUGAAAUGGACAAAAACGCAUCGUGAUGUUAUCAGUAAUUGGUUAAAUAAAAAUGUUCCCAAUACAAUCACGUUACUUUGA